AUGUAUGUGUUAGUAGUAGUUAGUAGUAGUAGUAGUAGUAGUAAAGAAGAAGAAGAAGAAGAAGAAGAUAUUGUAUAUGAUUCCAAAUCUGGCAAGGCGUUGUUUACAAACACGCGGUGGGCGCAGGACAUAAACCAGCCCCUCCUCCUCCAAAAGCUGGCUCUCAUUCCUUCCUCCCUCUUCCAUUCCACAUCUCUCAUUCUCCCCAUCUUCCAUUCUUCAUCUCAUCCUCGUGAGAAGCUUAGCAGCCCUUGGAGCAGCUUAAGCUUAAUCGGAGAGGUCAAUCUUGAUACCACUUCGCGCGUCGAACGGGAAGAUACUCGAAUCCACACUUCCACUCUCCCGGACCCCCGCGUCUACGGAAAGGAAGAAGUCGAUCUUCGCAUUCGUGACGAUCGUCGUGUGCAGCAGCAGUAUCCCGCUCAGCAGCAGCAGCAGCAGCAGCAGCAGCAGAGCUACUCCUCUUACUCCUCUUCUGAAGAGCGUAUAGUCGAUACCCGCUAUCAGGGAGAUUACCAGGCUCAAGGAGGCUAUCAGGCUCAGACUGGUUAUCAGACUCAGGCAGAAACCCGCUAUCCUCAGGUCGACCUUGCCCGUGAAAGCUACCGUCAACCUUCUGCUCAGUUCGAAGAACGUCAGACUUCUUCUUCCACUACCUACGAGCAGAACGUCGACUCUCAGUUAGAUAUCACUGAGCGUGAAUAUCGUCGUCGUACCUCUCCUGAAUACGAAGUCGACGUCUCUUAUAACCGUCGCUACUCUCCCCAAGCCGACGCGUUCGAGUCCGCCUACGCAGGUCAGCCCGCCGACUUCUCCUACGAGAGGUCUAGCUCCCAGUCCCAGCGUUUCGAGUCGGCCCAAGACACCCCGGUCGCCGCUGCUUACACUUCGUCCUCCCGUCGCGAGCUCGAAGUCUCCACCCUGCCUCGUCGUUCUUCCGAAGAGGUAGACUACACCCAGACCACCACCACCACCACCGUUACCGAAGACUCAACUCCUCGCAAGAUGGGUUACUACGACGACGAGGGUCAGUACCACUCCUUCCGCCGCGGUGUCGAGCGUGCCGCCGACCGCCUCCUCCACCCCUUCCAGCAGGACCGUGAGGAGGUCGUCGUCCCCGACGAGCGUGGUCCCACCCGUAUCCGUGACGGCGUCCGUGAGGAUGUCCGCAUCGUCGAGCCCCGUGGCGGUGCCAACGGCGAGAACGUUGCCAUCCCCUGCCACUUCAUCCGCAUUGGCGACAUCCUCAUCCUCCAGGGUCGCCCUUGCCAGGUCAUCCGCAUCUCGGUCUCGCCCCUGACCGGCCAGCACCGCUACCUGGGUGUUGACCUCUUCACCCGCCAGCUCCAGGAGGAGUCCAGCUUCGUCUCCAACCCCUCCUCCUCGGUCGUUGUCCAGACCAUGCUUGGCCCCGUCUACAAGACCUACCGCAUCCUUGACCUCCGCGAGGAUGGCCGCAUCGUCGCCAUGACCGAGUCUGGUGAUGUCAAGCAGGGUCUCCCCGUCAUCAACCAGGGCCAGCUCUUCCAGAAGAUCCGCCAGGCCUUCUCUGAUGGCCGUGGCAGCGUCCGUGCCCUGGUUAUCAACGAUGGUGGCCGUGAGCUUGUUGUUGACUACAAGGUCAUCCACGGUUCUCGUCUGUAA